CAUCCUCGCCCUCUCAUUGGCCAGGAAUACAGCGUGGGCUCUUCAUUUUCCUCUAGUACAGUUACACACCACUAAACCUGGCAUGCGAGUCAGUCAGGAAGACUUCGAAAAGGCCAAAGAUCAGCUGAAACAUUUGAAGACUGAUCCUGGUAAUGAAGUAAAGCUGAAAAUUUAUGCAUUGUUUAAGCAGGCAACACAGGGUCCCUGCAAUACCCCAAAACCAGGCAUGCUGGAUUUUAUCAACAAAGCCAAAUGGGAUGCAUGGAAUUCACUUGGCACCUUGCCACAGGAAAGUGCCAGACUGCAGUAUGUGGAUCUUGUGUCAGGCCUGAUGUCUUCAGAAACUUCGAGUUAUGUUAAAGAGACCCCUCCGGACAGCAAGUCUGGCUAUGAAACGCUAGAAGUUUCUACCAAGGACAACAUCACAAAGAUAGUAUUAAACCGCCCCAAAAUGAAAAAUGCAAUCAACGUGAAGAUGUAUGAAGAAAUUAUGAAAGCACUUGAGAAAGCAGCAAAGGAUGACUCUGUUAUAACAGUACUGACAGGAAGUGGAGAUUACUACUGUAGUGGAAACGACCUGAACAACUUUGCCAAUGUCUCAGCAGGUGGAAUAAAGGAAAUGGCAGAUAGUGGUGCAGAGCUGCUCAAAAACUUUGUCAAGCAUUUUAUUGAUUUUCCUAAGCCAUUAAUUGCUGUGGUGAAUGGGCCAGCUGUUGGAAUCUCUGUAACUGUCCUUGGGCUUUUUGACAUGGUGUAUGCUACUGACAGGGCUACGUUUCACACUCCCUUUAGCAAUCUGGGUCAGAGUCCAGAAGGAUGUUCCUCAUAUGUAUUUCCAAAAAUUAUGGGCUUAGCAAAGGCAACUGAGAUGCUACUUUUCAACAAGAAGCUGACCGCUGCAGAAGCGUGUUCACAGGGGCUUGUUACGGAAAUUUUCCCUGACAACGCCUUCCAAAAGGAAGUGUGGGAAAGGCUAAAAGCUUACGCAAGUCUCCCAAGAAAUUCCCUGGCAAUCUCCAAGCAGUUACUCCGAAGCAUGGAAAAGGAGAAGCUGCAUGAAGUUAAUUCUCGGGAGUGUGAGUGUCUCAAAGAAAGAUGGCUCUCCGAUGAGUGCAUGAGUGCUGUAAUGAGCUUCUUGAAGAAGAAAUCAAAACUCUAAUCUCUUGCCCAACUGUGCAAAAUAGAUUUCUGUAAAACUAAUUUCUAUCCCUUUUUCCUACAAGAACAAAUGU